UUCACUUCCGAUAUAGAUAUAUAUAUAUAGAUAUAUAUAUUCUCUCACCAUGAAGGGUGCUAUCCUGGCCACCGCCGCCGCUGUCGUCGGCACGGCGAUGGCUGAUAUUUCGCACUUGCGUCGACAUGGUCACGAAGCUUUCCAUCAGCGUGCCCUCGCCCAAUCCUCUCCUGCUCCUCAGGAGAACUGUGGCUGUACCACCGAGGUCAUCACCUUUUGGGGAGAGCCUACUCUGGUCCCCGUCUCCGUCGCUCCCACCAGCGUGACGUCUGAGACCAGCGUGACUUCUGCCACCACCGUGACCUCGGAGACCACGACGACCGUCCACUCGACCAGCUACACCACCGUCACCAUCGUUGCGACUUCCUCGGAGACUCCCUCCUCCACCGUCGUUCUCCCCACCCCCGGAGUGACCUCCUUCUCGACCACGGGUACCUACACCAUCCCCGCUACCACUCUCACCGUCACCGACACCACCACCGUCUGUGGGGCCACCACCACCGAACUGCCCAGCGGGACUCACACCUACGGUGGUGUGACUACCAUCGUCGAGACCCAGACUACCAUUGUCUGCCCCUAUGCCACCGUGAAGCCCUCGGGUACCACCGUUACCAGCGUCAUUGAGACCACCACCUACAUCUGCCCCAGCGCUGGUACCUACACCAUCGCUCCCACCACCACCUAUGUUCCCACCAGCACUGUGAUGGUCUACCCUACCCCCGCCACCAUUACCCCGGGCACCUACACCCAGCCCGAAAGCACCAUCACCGUGACUCGCACUGACUACACCUAUGUCUGCCCUUAUGCCACCAACGAGCCCACCAGCGCCUCUGCGAUUCCCACCUCCGCUGCCGUGACCACCCCUGCUGCUGUGACCACCUCCGCCGUCCCCACUACCACCCCCGUUGAGAGCACCACUGUUGAGAGCACUACUGUUGCUACUUCCACUGCUGUUGCCACUACUACUACUACUACUACUACUGCUGCCACCACCACCACGACUGCCAGCAGCAGCAGCAGCAGCAGCAGCUCGACUGGCUCCACCAUCCCUACCAACGGCCCCCAGAUGGGUAUGACCUUCACCCCUUACCUUGACAGCGGAGAUUGGAUGCCCAAGGACGAUAUUGCCACCAGAAUUGCCAACAUCAAGUCCAAGGGCUUCACCCACGUGCGUGUCUACGCAACCGACUGCCACACUCUCGACUACGUGACUGAUGCGGUUAAGGCCAAUGGCCUCAAGAUAAUCCUUGGUGUUUUCAUCAGUGGCCCUGGAAUUGACUCCGGUGCCGAGAAUGACGUCGCCAAAAUCGUUAGCUGGGCCCAGUGGGAUUUGGUUUCCCAUAUUGUUGUCGGAAACGAGGCCAUCAACUCCGGAAAGUGCUCCGCCUCUGUGCUCGCUGGAUUCAUCUCCGAGUCCAAGGCCAAGUUCCAGGCUGCUGGAUACACUGGCCUGGUCACCACUGCGGAGCCCAUCGAUGUCUGGCUCAUCGAUGAGAAUGCUUCUUCUCUCUGUUCUGUUGUUGACAUCGUCGGUGCCAACCUUCACCCCUUCUUCAACAAUGCUUUCACUGCUGCCCAGGCCGGUGAGCUUGUUUCCAACCAGAUUACCGACUUGAAGAAAGUCUGCUCCGAUAAGGAUGUCGUUAACCUUGAGACUGGCUGGCCCAACGCUGGUGAUGCCAACGGUCUUGCCGUUCCCGGUCAAACCGAACAGACGACGGCUAUCAAGUCCCUUGUUGACACGGUCGGCUCUCUCUCCGUCUUCUUCUCCUACUCCGACGACCCCUGGAAGAAGAAGAUCAGUCCUAAUGACAAGUGGAACGUUGAGACUCACUGGGGCUGCAUUGACCAGUUCUAAAUACGUCAAUAAAGAGAAGUUUAGUUUAGUGAGGCAUCUUUUAUUCAAGUGGUUUGGAGUUUUCUUUCGUGUGUUGUGUCAUCCUGGGAUCGGAUCUUGGAAUGGCCAAGCUUCCAUUCUUCGUAUACUUCGCUGUUCAUGUAGUAGAUAUAACCUUUUAUUAUUACCUACGUACCCACUAACUAGGGUUGUACCAUGUAUCCUUUUGUCUUUCCUUGUUUUUAGUUUGUAUAUGCUAAUUCACUACGGACUUAUGACUUACCAUCGUACAUCUGCUUUAAGCCUCUGUAGACAGACGCGAC